AUGGAGCACCAGAGAGGCAAUCAUCCAUAUAGAAAUCUUGAAGUACUGUCUUUGACCCUAAAGGAAAGUCCUUUUGCUCAUCUAGGGCAAGUUGUUGCUAAGUAUGGAGCGGAUGCGGUUCCAUCUAAUUUAAUUCAGAAUAAUUAUCACCCUGUAAGUAAACCUUAUUCUUGUUAUACUAACAAGAUCGUGUUCAUACUGGUGAGAAACCUUCUUGUAGUAUAUGUUAUAAGAGUUUCAGAAAAAAGUAAUAUGACUAAGCAUAGUCAUACCCAUACUGGUGAGAAGCCUUAUUCUUGUAGAAUAUGUAAUAAGAGUUUUUCAGAAAGAAGUGCACUGACUAAACACAGUCUUGUUCAUACUGGUGAGAAGCCUUAUCCUUGUAGUAUAUGUAAUAAGAGUUUUUCACUAAAAAGUAAUCUGAAAAAACACGGUAGUGUUCAUACUGGUGAGAAGCCUUAUUCUUGUAGAAUAUGUAAUAAGAGUUUUUCUCAAAGGGAGCAUUUGAAUAAACACAGUCUUGUUCAUACUGGUGAGAAGCCUUAUUCUUGUAGUAUAUGUAACAAAAAAUUUUCACGAAAAAGUCAUCUUACUACUCACAGUCGUGUUCAUACUGGUGAGAAGCCUUAUUCUUGUAGUAUAUGUAAUAAGACUUUUUCUCAAAGUGAGCAUCUGAAUAAACACAGUCUUGUUCAUACUGGUGAGAAGCCUUAUUCUUGUAUUAUAUGUAAUAAAAGUUUUUCACUAAAAGGUAGUCUGAUAAAACACAGUACUGUUCAUACUGGCGAAAAGCCUUAUUCUUGUAAAAUAUGUAAUAAGAGUUUUUCUCAAAGGGAGCAUUUGAAUAAACACAGUCUUGUUCAUACUGGUGAGAAACCUUAUUCUUGUAGUAUAUGUAACAAAAAUUUUUCACGAAAAAGUCAUCUCACUAUUCACAGUCGUGUUCAUACUGGUGAGAAGCCUUAUUCUUGCAGUCUUUGUGAUAAGAGUUUUUUUCAAAGUGCGCAUCUGAAUAGACACAGUGGUGUUCAUACUGGUGAGAAGCCUUAUUCUUGUAGUUAAUCUAAUAAAAGUUUUUGACUAAAAAGUUAUCUGAGAAAACACUGUCCUGUUCAUACUGGUGAGAAGCCUUAUUCUUGUAUUAUAUGUAAUAAGAGUUUUUCAGAAGGAGUGUAACUGAAUGAACACUAUCAUGUUCAUACUGGGGAGAAGCCUUAUUCUUGUAGUACAUGUAAUAAAUGUUUUACAAUAAAAGGUAGUUUGAGAAAACAGUCAUGUUCA